AAAAGAUUACCGCUUUCAUUUGAAAUCACUAUUCUUUCAUCUCAACGAGGUCGCACGCCUGUGGGCUGUAACCCCUUACUCCUCCAGCUCUCUUUCCCUCUCUCUUUCUCUCCUCGUGUUCCCGAAACCUCACGAAAAAACCACCCCUUAUCAAAACCAAAACGAAAAAACUUGACGAAAAAGCUCUCUCGUCGUGUUACCAAAGUCCAAAGUCUCGCUUUCAGUCUCAAACUAAACCCAAAACCACCGUUCACUGAUACUGCAAAACGCAGUUAAGGCUCAUAUUUUCGAACCCAAAAACUAACGAAGUUGGUGGCGUACGUAGAGAAAAAAGGUCAAUGACUACAGCAAUAAGAAGAACGAAAUGGCAGUACCCACCAGUACAACCGCAAACUCCAAAAAUUCUCCACUUGCCUCGCCGGCCUCGGCGGAGACCUCCCAAGACUGGUGCUACAAAACCGGCAUCCAUCGAGGCCCGGCAUGACCGUAAGGGCAGGCUGGAGGCGUUGUUCGAUCAGGAGCGUGCGUUUUCGAGAACUGGGGUUCCAAUAGUGUUGUUGGACUACUGUGGUGGUGGUGGGGAAAGUGAGAGGAGGAGGGUGAAAGCUGAGGAUGAUAAUAGCGAGAGUGGUGGUGGUAGUGUGGUAGAGGAGAAAUGGAGGUUCCAGGCAGAGAUGUUGAGGGCUGAGUGUAACUUGCUGAGGAUGGAGAAGGAGAUUGCGGUCAAGAAGUUGGAGAGGAGUCGGCUGAAGAUGAAGAGGAUUUUGAGAUCGGCUGUCCAGACUCUGGUUUCUGGAAGAAAGAAGAUUUGUGAAGGAAAGAAUGUGAGCAUGGUAUUGGUGGAAGAGAUCCAAGAGUUGGUAGAGAAACUAGAGAAGUUGCAAAGGAGCUCAGGAGUAAAGGAUUUUAUAGUUAGGAACUGUAGUAAUUUUGAUAAACAGGCGUCUCUUCUUCAGAGACGGCUAGAGAGGUUCGGAGCAACAUCGGAUGAUAUAUGUGUGAAGGAGAUUCAGGGGAUGGCCGCAGCAAGCUUGUCAAUGGGAACAAGUUGUAGGGUGGAAGAGAGCUUUGUUUCAAGUGGAAAAUGCAAUACUCUGCAGGUGGACAUCCUAAGAAGGAAAAUGGAAGCAUUUUCAGUGGGCAAUUUGUUGGACAGAAUGGAAGAGGAGUAUAGAUCAAUGCCUUCUACAGCAAAAAAAUCAGUUGCAAGUUCUGCCUCCUCUUUGAAGAGGAUUGAGUUUAGCCGAAUAAGACCUGAUCAGGCACAUCCUUCUUCUCUACAAAAGACAAAGUCCCCAGAAGAUAACCUAUGCUCAGGACGUUGCAAGGAUAUAGUGCUAAGAAUUGUGGAGCAAAUACGAGUUGAGACAGAGCAAUGGUCCCAGAUGCAGGAAAUGCUGGGGCAAGUGAGGAAAGAGAUGGAAGAGUUGGAGGCUUCUCGAGAUUUUUGGGAAGAUCGUGCUCUCAAUUCUGAUCAUCAAAUCCAAUCCCUAUGCUCUACUGUGCAAGAAUGGAGACAGAAGGCUCUAUCAUCUGAAAGUAGAGAAAGUGAGCUACGAGUGCAAAUGUCUGAGCUUCGCCAGGAGCUUGAAUGGAUGAGGAAGGAGCAAAACUCAGUAAUUAGGGCACCCGAAAUAGCCCAAAAUGCACAAAAUGAGACACAGAAGCGAGUACUGGUUUGCCGCUUGAAGGAGAAUCAUUAUACUAGUAACAAUUCCAGUAGGGAGGUUUCAAGGGAUAGAAGAAAAGCACCCACAUCCAGUUGUGGAUUUGUGGCUCCAAAACGGCUACCUUUUCAAGAUAUUGGCAACUCAUCAUUGUUGAUGAGGCAAAAUAGCAAAGCCAUUUUCCCUUUGCAUUGCCCCCUCCCAUUCAAUAGAGAGUAGAACUUUUUGAGUGACAAGUUUCAGUAUCUUCAUUAACUUGGGGGCAAUUCUUCUUGUCUAACUAUAUCAAGUGUAGCACUCUAUAUCCAAAUAGUUAUCUCAAGUGCAGGGACUUUCUUUGUU